AUGGAGUCCUACUCACCUGCAAAUAUGGAAUCUACAGGGAAUCCAGAUUCUAUUCACAAUAUUGUUAAUUCAACUAAUUUAUAUGAAAAAUUAAAGAGAGAUGAUGAAGAUAUUGAUAAUAAAGCUUCAGAGACCUUUGAGAAGAAUAAAAAAAGAAUAAGAAAAAGAAAGUCUUUAUAA